UCUAUUAAUCUGUGGCGCGGAGCACAUCGCGUACAUCCGCAGUGCGCGUCGUGCGGUUGUGCAGCGAGUGAACGCGUGCGGCGCCUACACCUACACGUAGGGAACAACACUGGCGAAUAGUGUCAGGAACGUCGUCGUCGUCGAACGAGAGCCUAGCAGUUGGCCUAGCCCGGAGUACUCCCGGAGAAGAUGAUCGUCGCUCGCAGGGACCGCGAGGACGGGAUGACGUACGUGACGACGAGCCGGAAGCUCAUCAUCGCGGCGGGGAUGUGAGCGAGGAAAGGGCGCUUCGCGAGAGCGUCGUCGACCUGGCCGCUCCAGGAGGUCCAGGAGAGGAAGGAGACGUCUCCGCGUUCUUUAUAUGCUAUUACGCCUUUUCUUCGCUGUUUUGUUCGCGGAAAGCGGCGAAUUCCCAGCGACGAUGGCGGAUUUCGACGCGAUCUACGAGGAGGAGGAAGAGGAACACGAGCAGAAUUUGGAGGAACACUACGUCGCGAUGGUGCCGGACCCGAUCGUGAUCCGCGGAGCUGGUAACAUGACGGUAUUUGGUCUCAGUAAUCGUUUUGAAUCAGAGUUUCCUAACGGCCUCAUAUCCAGGGUGGCACCAGAAGAAUUUAAGGCAACCGUUAUGAGAAUAAAUAGUGUACUGAAAAAGACUUUACCUGUUAACGUUAAGUGGCUAUUCUGCGGUUGUGUAUGCUGCUGCUGUACCCUAGGAUGUUCUCUGUGGCCUGUCAUCUGUUUGAGCAAAAGGACUCAACACUCGUUAAACAAAUUGUUAGAAUGGGAAAAUAGUAGGCUUUAUCAUAAACUUGGAUUACAUUGGAGAUUGGCAAAACAAAGAUGCGAUAGCUCUUCUAUGAUGGAAUAUGUUCUUCUAAUAGAAUUUAUUCCAAAGAUUCCAAUCUAUAAGCCCGACUAAGUAAACACUAUAUUAAAUUGUGCAAUUAAUAAUACAUCAAUAUAAUUUUGUGCAAUGCAACUUACAUGCAGAGAAAUGCAGAACAGAUAAAGUGCCGCUAUGAUGAAACAGGUACUUUUUCUUGGUACUUAUCUAAUGCAUAUUUUUGUAAAUACCAUGGGUAGGAAUGCACAGUACAAUAAUUCGACAUAAUAAUAAUUGAUGAAAUUUUAAUUAUCAUAAAAAAGAGAG